AUGAGCCAGUACACCUUUGACACCGCCAGCCUUACGCGGGUUCAUACUGAGGACCGCAAAGGUGCAGUAAAGACCCCCAAGUUUGACUGGUGUGCACACUCGACCAUCUUCGACGCUGGUCCCUGCGAUAGUCCCGCAGCGUGUCGCCACGAUCAGGCGUUCAUCUUUCCCCAUUGCGACUCGCCGCUCUCGAGUAAGCUCUCCCUCGCGUGUGCCGCAGAAAAAGCGCCCAGCAGAGAAUCCCCGACCAUUUCUGGCCAGGAGAAAGACAAAAUUGACGUAGCGCAACAAGCGGUCGACGAGGACAAGGAUCACGAUCCGAAGGAUGGAAAAGCUACUCCACACCAGAGUCAUAUUAAGCUUGCAGGCGUAUUUAAGCGAUUCGGGCUCCAUCCGUCACCACCGACGAAGCGGUGA